AGACCUCUGUUUGAGAUCAUGCGGUAUGGAAACACAGACUACAAGCCCAGUUUAACGUUCCUCUCAGGGGACAGCAGCUGAUCUCGGAGAUGUUCCAGGGGUUCUACAAUCUUCUCAAUUAUCCUUCACAAAUGGGUCACGUAAUAUGAAAAAACCAUGAGGAAAUGAAAGCCUCAGCAACUCAAGUUUGACUGUUUCCUAUCACUUCAAAUCUGUGUGUGUGGUCGGUUGCUAGGAAACAGAGAUGACAGCUGAUUAUCGCCCUCAAUCGAGGAUCUGGUCGAGGAGGUGGAAGCUGGAGAUGGCAGCUGUAUUGAUCGCUGGCACUUUUUGCUUGUUCAUACUGCUGAGAACAAACAUCCAGGACAAGAGCCAAGAGGAGCUUGCAUCAGAAUAUGAAUGGAAUCUGGAAAUCGACGCUUGGAAAAAUCAAGCUUUUCCAAGUUUACCACCCAAAUGUGAACAGAACUCAUCUGCUUCCAACAUCAGUGGAUUUUCCUCCUUGCCCCAACGCAUUCAAGACUUCCUGUAUUACCGCCAUUGUCGGCAUUUCCCGAUGUUGCUCAACGUUCCUGGCAAGUGUGGUGGCCCUGAGCGAUCUUCAGAUGUGUUUCUUUUGUUGGUCAUCAAGAGUUCUCCACCCAAUUACGAGAGACGGGAGGUGCUGCGGAAAACAUGGGCUGCCAAGAGGCUGCAGAGCGGCGUUUGGAUUCGUACUGUGUUUAUAUCCGGGACUGCUGGACAGAGCUUUGAGAAGCAGAGGCUGAACAAACUCCUGGAAGCAGAGAACCGUGAACACAAGGACAUUCUGCAGUGGGACUUUCAUGAUUCCUUCUUCAACCUCACACUCAAGCAGAUCCUUUUCUUGGAAUGGAUGGAAAGAUUUUGCCCCAAUGCUCACUUCCUGCUCAACGGGGAUGAUGACAUUUUCGCCAACACAGAUAACAUGGUGGUGUAUCUCCAAGGGUUGGGUGAUGAUGGUGCCAACAAACACUUGUUUGUUGGCCACCUUAUCCAGUAUGUUGGACCAAUCAGGAAUGAGGCCAGCAAAUAUUAUGUCCCGGUCCAAGUGCAGGAAUCUGAUAGGUAUCCUCCCUAUUGUGGAGGAGGAGGCUUCCUGCUUUCACGUUUUACUGCCAAGACCAUCUACAAUAUGUCUCACUCCAUCACUAUUUUGCCCAUAGAUGAUGUUUACAUGGGAAUGUGUCUGGAGAAAGCUGGGCUGAAACCCUCGUCCCACAUGGGCAUUCGGACUGCCGGCCUACACAUUCCCUCCAAAGUGCUGGACCCUUAUGACCCUUGCUAUUACCGUGAAAUGAUCCUAGUUCACAGAUUCCUGCCUCAUCAAAUUUACAUCAUGUGGCAAGAAGUCCACCGACGAGAUCUCAAAUGUGGAAAGAUGCUCAGUGCUCUUUAACCUGGGACUUUGCAUGAAUGUAUUUGAUGGACACUGAUGAAGGUGUUCAUGUGUACCUGGGCUGCAGGAUACGGACCUAAAAUGUUCAAUAAAGGAGUUAAAUAUCUCAAUGAUGAGAACUGGUAGCACAUCUUUGUGCACUAUAAGGCUGGGAAACAGUCAGCAUUCCCUGAACAGCUUUUUCUAUAAAGACUACAGAAACUAAUACUAAUAAAUCUAUUUAGCUCCUUAUGGUGAUGCAUGUUUGCUGUAACAGCAGCCUUUACUGCUCAUUGCAUAAUCAACACUCGGAGUGACAAUAGCCACGUUCAGGCAAGUAGUUCCUAUCAGUAUAGUAAUAAAAAUGUAUCCUGCAGCCCUGCAGUACAUGUGCUCACUGGAAACAACAGUUUGCACUUUACACUCUUAGCAAUAAAGGUUCUUGAUAGCUGCCUGGAUCACUACAGCGUAUCGUAUUGUAUUGUUCGAGAUGAGGCUCUCCAUUGUUUUGCAUGGCACUUAAACUAAACUGGUUUUGUACUGUGCAUAUUGCAUAAGAUUCAGGGAUUUUGUUGAUUUCUGUGGUUUUGGGUGGCCUAUUUUUUCCAUAAGUUUCAAUGAUGCUGGAACAAUAUUCGUUAAUGUAUGCAGUAUUGAUAUAAAGUUUUCAUCACUGAAAUAUAACGAAAAAUGUGAUUAAACCUUAAAAUCUG